CAUUGUGUAUCUAGUCCCGGGAUAUGCACAGUGUGUAUAACAGCGGAGGAUGCGUGCACGGGUGACUGUAAGUCUGGUCUGGUGUCUAGCUGGUAGUUUAUAUUCACUGGGACCCCGGCGUUCUCGAGGCCGUGCAGAAUACAGUGUUGUUGGCCGUGGAGCAGCGGGUUGGGAGUUGUUGGGCGCAGUGAGUGGAGUGUCUAUCCUGGCUCUCGCCUUGAUGCGCAGCAUACACCCUGGUAUCCAUCUCGGCGACGUAGUAUUCACCUUCUCGACUAGUUGGUAGACGUUGUGAUAUCCAUCCACUUAAUAUAUAUCUCAGUAUUCAUACCGAUGCCUGUCUC